AUGUCUUUGCAACAAUGUUAUAAAUACAAUAACUUUAUUUUUGUACACAUUAAAAAUAUGUUCAUUUUUAUCAAUGAUAGUUCAGAAGAAAUAUUUAAACAAAACAAACACCUAUUACCUACCAAUCCCGAUGAAUCUAGAAAAGCGUGCAAAUUUAUGAAUGACGCUUUAAAACAGUUAGAACAUCAUGCUACAAGUAAAGGUCAUACAAAUUGUGGUGGAAUUCCUUCUGAGAAUAUAGUUUUUUAUAAAAAAAAUAUCAAGUAUAAUGAACUACUAAACGAGUUAUGGGAUCCCGAUAGUAACCAAUAUAUAAAUAAAGCCUAUGUUAAAAAAAAAAUUGUCCGUGUGUACAGUCCAAAUUUAGUAAUGAUACAACAACGUUGCAAAAAACUGCCGUGGUCUCGUCAGAAAUAUUUUUAUGCAAUAGCUGCAAAAUUUAAAAUAUCAGAAAAUAAAACUAUAUUUGUCAUGGCUUCAGCAAAUAUAAUUGAUCACAACCGUAAAAAUAAAAAAUAUUUUGAAAACACAAUAGUAGAAAGUGCAAAUUUAUUCCAAGCUGAAGUUGAUUCUGAAGAUGAGAUUAGAAACGGAAAAAUAAAAAAAACGUUUGUUAACUUAAGUGGAUACAUUGUUGAAAAAAGAAAGGACCAUAUUUAUGUCAUCUAUAUCGACUCUAUGAGCGUUGGUGAACAUGAUUCCAUUUAA